AUGGGGUUCUUCUCGUUGAAGUCGUUGGCUUUGGUCGCUGGGCUAAUCAGCCAUACUUUAGCCGAAUUGACUACUGCUGAGAACUCAACCCACAUCUCCCUCUCCAACAAGCGAUUCGCAGUUGUCCUCGCUAAAUCCAGCGGACACAUCAUCGAUGCUACUCUCGAUGGCCAAGAUCUGCUCGGACCGCUGAGCGGAAACAGCGGCAAGGGUCCCUAUGUCGACUGCUCUUGUAUCCCAACCGGUUUCUGGACACCGGGUAGCACCGCUGAUCUCCGCCUUGUCAAAGGCACUGAUUCUACUGGAACAAAGUAUGGUGGAAUUAUCAUGAGCGACACCUACAAGCCCACCAACCAGACUCUGUCGCAGUACUUCUUCCUUAGGGGUGAAGAGACUGGUCUGCAUGCGUUUACCCGCCUUACAUACUUCAAUGCGUCAAAGCCCUUUUUGCGCGACCUUGGCGAACUACGUACCCUGUUCAGGCCGAAUACCAAGCUUUGGACCCAUUUCUCCACCAGCGAAGGGAACUAUGGUCCUCUGCCAGACGCUUCCGGUGCCUUGACAGUCCAAGAUGCUACUUGGUAUGUCGGCAAUAAAACCGAUGACCCAUAUGUGGAGCAAUACUCGGACUACUGGACCAAGUACAGUCUUUCAGAGAGCUGGCGUAACCAUGACGUUCAUGGCCAAUUCAGCGACGGAUCCACCAGUUCUGAUGGAAGUACAUUCGGCGCAUGGCUGGUUCACAACACGCGAGAGACAUACUACGGCGGACCCUUGCACUCCGACCUCGUCGUUGAUGGUAUCGUGUAUAAUUACAUUGUAUCUGGGCACCACGGCGCACCGAUGCCGAACAUCACCCAUGGCUUUGAUCGAACCUGGGGUCCUCAGUUUUACUACUUCAACAAAGGCGAUAAAGACGCAACUCUUGCCGAUCUCCGAGCUGAUGCUGCCAAGUACGCGGAUCCAGAGUGGAAUGUAAAGUUCUACGACAGCAUUGCCGAGUAUGUCCCGAACUUUACACCUUCAGCAAAACGAACUCCCUAUAGUGGUAAAGUGAAGCUUCCCAAGGGCGCAAAGAAGCCGAUUAUUGUUCUUUCUGAGAACAAGCAGGAUUUCCAGCUCAAUGUGUUCAAUACCAAGUCGCUUCAGUAUUGGGCUGAGAUUGAUGAGUCUGGAAGUUUUAGCAUUCCUCAAGUCGUCGACGGACUGUAUAGAGUCACUAUCUACGCUGAUGAAGUCUUUGGAUGGUUCAUCAAAGACGACAUUCGCAUUUCUAAAUCUCACAACAAGGGUAGCUUCACAUGGAAAGAAGACAAUGCUGGCAAAGAGCUCUGGCGUAUUGGAACACCAGACAAGUCCUCAGGGGAGUACCUUCACGGAUAUGCGCCUGAUACCUCAAAGCCUCUUCAACCCGAGCAGUACCGCAUUUACUGGGGCAAAUACGACUUUGUUGAAGAUUUUCCAAAGGGCGUCAGCUUUCACAUCGGAAAGGAUAAGGAAGCUGAAGACUUGAACUACGUUCACUGGUCCUUCAUCGCUGCAAAGGGAAACCACCUGCGAUCAGAGAAUUACUACGACAACGUCAACAACUGGACCAUAACCUUUGACCUAACUAAGUCUCAACUCAGAAGUGUCAAAACAGCUACCUUCACAGUCCAACUCGCAGGUGUACGUACUGGAAACGGUAACGCGAAGUGGACACCCGUCAACGAUCGUUUCAACAGCAAUCUCCCCUGGACCGUCAACGUCAACGGAGGCUAUGAAGAUACAUGGGUGAUUCCCUACUGGCGAAGCGGUUCGUGUGCUGUUCGCAGCGCGGUAGCUUGUCAGAACAUUGAGCACAAGUUUGAGUUUCCAGCUUCGAAGCUGAAAUCUGGAAGGAAUGAGUUUGUGUUGAGUUUGCCGUAUAAUGCUUCUAGUGUUGAGACGGCGCUUUUGCCUGAUACGCUUUAUGUACAGUAUGAUGCUUUGAGGUUGGAGGUUAAGUAG